AAAGGGGGGGAGGUGCCGAGGGCGCCGGGGAUGAAGUAUAAGCAUUAUAGUCCGAGGGCGAGGGUUGUUUUGUUUGAGGGGGGUAAACCGAGAGAGGGAAAGGGAGAGGGGAAAGGGAUGAUGGAGGGGAUAGAACUGGAGGGCAAGACGGUCGGUGUGAUUCGGACGGUGAGGUGGGAAGUUGCUGCGGGAUUGCGACAUGGUAACCCAGGUGAGGUUGCCGGGGAAGUGAAAGAUGCAAAGACAGAGCUAGUCGUGAGGAAAGGGGCUUUGCUAGCAGAGGACGGGACCACAGAAACGGGCACGUUGUUGGAUGUGGACCUUGGCAAGGACAUCAAGGGCGUGGCGCACGGGUUGUUUGCGGCGUUGCGGGAACUCGACCGGCUGGGGGCGGAUGUGAUUCUAGUCGAGGGGGUUGGCGAUGGGGAUGAUAUGGCUGCGGCGGUUAUGAACCGGUUGCGGAAGGCCGCGUCGGAGAUUAGGGUUUAG